AUGGAGUCAUUCUGGCUCGAUCAUCCUUUAAGUUCGGCCGUGCUGGCAUGCUUCCUCGCAGGAAUCGCUCUCUUGAUCACGAGCAGGUUCAUCUCCUAUAUACCAAAAGUACCCUCAACGUCGCACAAGUACUCCGCCAUUCCACUCACAGAACGCGACCAAACGUCUGGAGAGGUUCCGUCAUCGCCCAUUAGCCUCGGCGGUGACCCCCCUGGUGCAACCACACGACAUUCCGUUAAUUGGAUUAAAAUCGCCGUGGUUUCCAGCAUCGGUUGCCUGCGGAUUGCGCUUUAUCGGCAGUUCGCUUUCAAACCUGAAUGCGCGCCUACGGGAUAUGCAUAUACAAUCCCGUUUCUUGUCGCAUUUUACGACUUUUGGCGCAAUCAACGUGGUCAAUCGGUUCUCAAACCCACCACUUCGGAUCUCCCUUCAACCAAAUCUCUCCGUGUCAUAGUGCUUGUUGCUAGCCGCACCUAUCACCUCCUGUGUCGAAGUCGUCUAAGAUAUGUCAUAUCAGCCCUAUUCCUCACGACGGGAGGGUAUCUGUUAUCUACUUUCAAAGAUGGCUUGCAGUCGACCUAUGUGUGCCCAACCGUUUCUGGCCAGCAUUCGCGAUUGCAGGCUUUUAGUGUAGUCAACACUAUUCUGGACACGCUUAUUGUAAUUAGCGCUGCUGAGUUAUCCCGGGAGAUGACUCGACACCGAGACGCACUGAGGAAGCAAGCCCUUGCGUCAUGGGGCUACAGCUUACUCGGAGUCGCUGUGUUCUGGACGGUGACGGGUCUGAUAUUGAAAGCUGCAAUCUCUACAGAUGAUGCCGGUUUUGUCACUUCCCACUACCUGAGAAGCUCGGUGGGACAAGGGCUCUUGGUGACUUGUGCACUUGUCUCGGCGUCUCACAUAAUUCCUUAUUAUGGGGCCGUUGGACUCUGCAUGCUCGGCGGCUUCGUCCUAGUAUUUUUCUCUUGGAGUUCGGUACUUUUCAAUGGACAAGAACCUUUCCCGCCCAUACUCGCUUCCAGCGCUUUCGUUGCUUUACUUUUUGCGUUCAUCGGAGCUGUCGAGUACCUCUUUUCUCGGACAGCUUCUGAGGACGAGCCGGAUUUCUUAUAUAGGUUCAACUUGUUUCUGCGGGUUCUCUUCUCUUGCUUAUUUGGCAUCGGGCUGAUCUUAGUCGCUCACCAACCCGAGCUGGUCAAACUCCAUCCAAUAGACCUGCUUGUCUACGAUGCCAGAGCGCAUCAUGACAACUGGGCUAAAGCAGCCCACAGCAGCAACAAUUUGACACAAGCCGUUGAGCAGUACCAUGUGAAAUACAAUCAACAUCCACCACCAGGGUUUGAUAAAUGGUAUGAGUAUGCUACAAACAGGUCCUCGGUCGUCAUCGACGAAUUUGAUCAAAUUUACUCCAAUCUUCUACCUUUCCGCGGCUUGCCACCGCAGAAAAUUCGCGAAAUGACCCAGAAGCUAGCCACAAACCCCUAUAAUGAAGUAGGGGCAGUCAGCAUUCGCAAUGGCUCCGCUAGGGUCCAGGAGGGUAUCAAGCCGACGCAUGCGUGGAUGGUUAGUAGCGCGGCCAAGAUGAUGGAGAACUUCGCCCAGUACCUCCCAGAUAUGGACGUGGUGUUCAACUUGAACGACGAGCCUCGAAUUGCGGUGCCUUGGGAGAAAGUGUCAGUCUUGAAAGAUCAGGCCAGAUCGCAAGCAUUCCCCCCUACCGAAAGUGUAGUAAAGGAGUGGUCGGCAGACCGUGCGAAGAAAUGGAACCCAAUAGAACCAGCCGACCAAACAACGGAGACCAUGUUCACCGACAGCUCCUUCAAAAACAUCUUCGACCGCUACGCCAGCCUUGUGUGCCCGCCAUCCUCGAGGGCUCGCUCUCAGCGAAUCUGGGAUCGACACAGCUUAUGCUUGGGAUGCACACGCCCUCACUCCAUUGGUCAAUUUCCUUCGGACUGGAACUUUGCCUCCGAUAUCUGUCACCAGCCAGAUCUUGCCUAUCUCCACGGGUUUCUCAUCUCACCGGCCUCGUUCAAAGUCACCCAGGAGCUUACCCCACUGUUCAGCCAGAGCUCGAUCUCCGGUUUCAACGACAUCAUGUUCCCAAGCCCAUGGAACUACGUCGAUAAGAUCAAAUAUGAGCCCUCAGAUGACCACCUGGAUCUAAACUAUACUGACAAAACCAACGAUCUAUUCUGGAUCGGCAGCACGUCGGAGGGCGUGAGCCGCAACGGCGAGUGGCAGGGCAUGCCGCGGCAGCGCCUAACUCACCUUGUCAAUAAAAACAUCUAUAACAAGGUCUCCGUCCUCCUGCCCGCAAACGACUCCCAAACCUUCUCCUACCAAGUCCUCGACGGCCGCGCUCCCACCGAAACCCUCGGACUCAACACCACAGUCCAUCUCAGCAACGUCAUCCGAUGCCGCAACGACUGCGAAGAACAAAAGGAAGAACUCGGCAUGUCCCCGUCCGUCGAUUUCCAAAGCCACUGGGAACAUCGGUAUCUCUUCGACGCCGACGGCGCCGGUUUCAGCGGCCGCUUCCUUCCCUUCCUGCAGAGCCACAGUCUGCCGUUUAAAUCCGGUCUCUUCCGUCAAUGGUUCGACUCGCGACUCUCCCCGUGGCUUCACUUCGUCCCUGUCGACCUCCGUCUGCACGGUCUCUGGAGCACCCUAGCCUACUUCGCCGGUGUGGAUGCCUCUACCAACGAGGGCGGGUCCAAAUUCCCCAUGGAACGACACGACGUCGAGGGCCAGUGGAUCGCCGAAGAGGGACGCAAGUGGGCCGAGAAAGCGUUGCGGAAGGAAGACAUGGAGAUCUAUUUCUUCCGUUUACUUCUGGAAUGGGGUCGUAUUACAGAUGACCAGAGAGAUGUUCUUGGAUAUAUACCGUAA